AUGAACCUUAAAGGUACCACCAUCAACAGCAGGAUGGACACACUGAGUGCUGACCAGCUCAAUACACUCCAAUUGAUCACAGAUUCAAGUGAAAGGGAUCAGCAAUCACAUUUCCUUGCCGCAGCUUGUCGUCUGCGGGGCGCAAUCUGCAGGGAAGAGCUCAGUCUUGAAGGGCUUCCUUUCCCUCAUCAGGAUGGGGUUUGCACCAACGGAUAUGAUGAGCUACCAGAGACCAUAAACGACGAAGCCUGCUAUAUGGGCAUUCGAGGAUUUGUCGGCAGCGGCGACAGCGCGCCCGCAUUCACCACCAAUGUCCUGCGGAUUGAAGUCGUCGGAGAUGUUGGUCUCCAUCUAACCGUUGUAGACCUUCCAGGGCUGGUAUCCGUGGAGAAUGAUGCGCAUGAUAUCAAGUUAGUUGAAGACCUUGUAGAUUCGUAUCUUCAGAGCUCACGGACGAUCAUCCUUGCCGUGGUACAGGCAACGAACAACAUCGCCAUGUAA